AUGGGUGAACAGGGCCCCGCGCCGGGCGUCGAGUCGCCUACAUGCUCUAUUGAGGAGUUCACGAGUACCUCGUUCGACUACAUUAUUUGUGGUGGAGGAACUGCGGGGUGUGUUAUCGCUGCGCGACUCAGUGAAAACCCCGAUGUAACAGUUGGCGUUGUCGAAGCUGGAAAAUAUCGCAUCGGCGAUCCUUUGGUGGAUACGCCUGCGGCGUUUUUCCAGAUGUUUGAGGAUCCUGAGUAUGAUUGGUGUUUGUAUAGCGCACCUCAGAAAGAGAAUCGAGGACGUAUUCACCAUAUUCCCCGCGGUAAGCUGCUCGGUGGCUCCAGCGGUAUCAACUACAUGAUGUAUGUCCGCGGAUCUCGGCAAGACUACGACGAUUGGGCAGAGCUGGUCGAGGAUGAGAGCUGGUCUGCCGAUAUCAUGCAGCAGUAUAUGCGCAAGCAUCAGACCCUCGAGCCGUACGAUGAAGCGAUCACAGACCGCUCGACUAUGCCGUUUGUAGGCGAAUUCCACGGUACAAGCGGGCCAGUCCGAACAAGCUUCAACGACUCGAUCCUCCCCAUCGAGAACGAUGUCAUCAAGGCUUGCGACGAAGUCACCGGAUUCACAAAGAAGCCCACUGAUCCCUGGAGCGGCGACCACAUCGGUUUCUACCAUACUCUAGGCUCUAUCAUCCGGACAGGCCCCAACAAGGGCAAGCGUAGCUAUGCAGCUCGCGGAUACUACGAGGCGAACAAAGCCAGGCCCAACCUGAAAGUUCUCUGCUCGACGCUAGUCAAUAAGGUCGUUCUUGACGGUAACAAAGCCACCGGAGUAAGCAUCUCACACGAUGGCAAGGACUACGAAGUCGCAGUCAAGCGCGAAGUCAUCGUCUGCGGUGGAGCCCUCAAGUCCCCCCAGAUCCUCGAGCUCUCAGGCAUCGGAGACCCUGAAGUCCUCAAAGCUGCAGGUGUGGAGUGCAAGGUCGCCAAUACUGGCGUUGGUGCUAACUUCCAGGAUCACACCAUCACCCUUGCAGUAUAUGAGACGGUGCCCGGCACCGUCACUUUGGAUUCAUUCUACCAGAACCCGGAAAUCAUGGAGAAUGCACAGAAGCAGUAUGCCGAAACGAGCAACGGUCCGUUGAGUUGCACGUCCACGAUGCAGGGUUUCUUGCCGGCCAAAUUGGUCAUGUCCGAAGCCGAGAUUGAGGCUGUGGUUCAGAGUAUUCGGGAUAUCAAGCCAACGAGCAAUUUCCACGAGCGACAGCUCAAGCAGAUUAUCAGCCAUAUUGAGAGUGAUGUGUCUGCGAAUAUUCAAAUAGUCUUGGUUCCGGCGACUGCGAAUGUGGAUGGAGUCGAGCACCAGCGAUACAUUUUCCCACCUGCAUCGCCGGACAAGCCUGCUGGCCUUACCUUUGCCAUUUGUUUGCAGUAUCCCGUAGCGCGGGGUUAUGUUCACAUUGACAGUGCUGACCCGACCAAGCCCCCGGUCAUCCAGCCGAACUAUGCAGGCCACGAUGCAGAUGUCGCCAUCCUAGGCGCAGGCUUCCGCUGGGUCGACAAAGUUCGCCAAUCCGCACACCUCAAAUCAUCCCUCGCCGACCGCACAGUCCCUGAACCGAGCGUAGAUCUGACAGACUUAGCCGCGGCCAAAGAAGCAGUACACGACGUCGUGGCUGGCGAGUACCACGUCUGCGGGUCCGUCGCAAUGGGCGAUGCGCUGGACUCUCGACUGCGCGUCCAGGGUGUUGAGGGUCUACGUGUCGCAGAUGCAUCGAUCUUCCCUAACAACGUUAGUGGGAACAUCGUUAGCAGCGUGUAUGCGGUCGCCGAGAAAGCAUCGGACAUGAUCAGGGCCGAUUGGGACUUUGCCCCACUGAAAGAGACGAUGGUUUGA